CCGUUGUAUAUAACACGUAAGGAUCUUGUGUCGGUAUAUAUUUUGAGUGCGACAUGCCUGAUUUCAAUCCCUUUAAAACGGGUACCAUGGUUACAUUGCCUCAGAUGUCUUACUUUAUAACACAAAGCCAAGAAUUUGUAACAUUUCAGCUGUGAGUCUCCUUCCUCAACGAAACAGAUUGAUGUUAUCCUAUCUAUUUGAGAAAAGAUUCUAAUUUCUAAUUAAAGCUGAAACGUUCAACCUGGUUGGACCCAGAUUAUUUAAUGAUUCAUAUUUCAAGAUUUCGUAAACUUUCAAAAGAUUUUACGCAAGAUUUCGAGAAAAAUAAAUUAAGCUGAAGAGGAAACAUGUGGCAGCUAUCUGAAAUACAUACUUCAGCAUCCUUUUAUGUUUCAUUGUGUACCUGAAGUAUCCAUGACUACCAGCCAAAAUUUGCACGAACUUUGGAAAAGGGAAUGCUGCCCAACAGCAAAACAACUUCUUAUAAAUCAUCAACUUCCCUCAGCAGUACAACUCCUACAAGACAAUCCUGAUUUCCCUGGUACUGCAGAUGCACUUCUUGAAAAGCACAGCUUCCCAAAGGCAGUGGAACUUCUAGAUAGUCGACCUCCUUGUCAAUCUGCUCUCGAACUCCUGAAAUCUCAACAUUUUCCGGUGGCAAAAGAACUUCUACAAAAGCAUUUUCCCCAAACUGCAGAAGACCUGCUGAAAGUUUAUCAUAUUCAUACUGCAGGAAAGCUUUUCAAUAAACAUACGGAUCAAAAUGCUGUUGGACUUCUCAAAAAGUACAAUUUCUUGACCGUAGGAAGAUUGCUUGAAGACAGAAAAUCAGACUGCAUUCUUGCAAAGACUCAUUUGAAGAAACACAAUAUUGUGACAUGUCCAGGCUGUAGAGUGAGAUAUUCAGACAAGGUAUCUCAGAAUCUAAGGCAUCAAAAUUAUUUGGGAUCUAACAUCGGUGAUGCUGAACCUAUCUAUGCAACAGUACAGCCUAGAAAACAGAGGAAUUCUACUACGGUCCUGCACGGACAAAUAAACUCAUCCCCAGUCCAGCACGGACGACCAAAUACAUCCACAGUCCUGCACGAACAACCCAAGAAGUCUGAGUUCUGGUCAAACAUUACCUGUGUAUUAUGUCCAAGGAGGAGGCAUGGCCUACUUUUGGACGAGGAAUACUGUAUGAACAUAGAUGAGGAGGAAGAAGAUAUCUAUGAAGAUAUAAGCAACAUGUCUUUAGUGCUAGCGUGGCCUAAUUCAGAAAAUGAGCCUCAUGCAAAUUAAGGUAAAAGGUGACCACCAAGUUAAACCAUAGUAUUACAUGUACCAUAUUGCCACUAUUUUGCAAUAAUUGUUUAAGAAUUUUUUAAAAGAAAUAUUCCAUAAAAAUUGCAUGUUACCUUGCAUUUUAUAGAAAUGUAGUUGCUUGAAAUUUGAAUAUUUGAAAACAGAAAUGAAAAAAAAAUGCAAGUUCAACGGGUCAAACUUGAGACUUUUGCAUCUAACACUUUACCAACGUUGAGAAAAACUCCUAUUGGUUGCUUAUAUACUCCCAAGUCAAAAACAAAAAAAAAUCGCAAUUAUAAAUGUUACAAUGGUUUUGUAUAAAGUGAACUGCAUAAGACUUGCUUGUAGAAGAAGUCUCAGACAAUGGAAAUUGUAUGAUAAUAUACUUUUCAACAAAAGACACUUUCACUCUGGUGUCUCAUAUCUGUUAAUCACAAGUACUCAGUAAUAUUUACAUAAAGGGUGUAAAAUAUCGCCCGAGAUGAUCUAUAUGUACAUAGUAGAUAGAAAUUCAAUGAAGCAAUAAUAGUAAAUCUAAAAUUGCUCAAUCUUGAUGUACUGCUCAAGAUCUGUUGAUUUAAUUGGUAGGCAAUUAUGCUCAAUUACGAUGAAGAUUUACCCUUGAAAAAAUGGCAAACUCCAGCAAAACUUUGCCACUUUUAUUUAACGACAUGAACAACAAGGGUAUCACACAGGGAACAGCUUGCAAUCCAGACACCAUAAUGAUAAAUUCAUGAACAUCAUACAAAGGGCACACUCCAACACAACCGCUAGGGCAACGCACUUGAAAGAGUUCAGCAUUAGAAAGAGACCCACCCGCUUUCAACCCUUUCACCCCUAUAUAACUCCAGUAGACUCUACCAUGUAUUGAUCUGGAUGAGUCCAUUAUGGUCUUCAGUGGUAAAAGGGUUAAACACACGUUAAGACAUUUAACCAAUCAAACAGGAUCAACUUCAUUCAUACUGGAGGGACACACUUCAAUGUUGAAGUCCCCAUUGUGUUUACCGGGUGAAAAUUGGUGUAUGGCCCAUAUCACCUCAUCUCACAGCUCAUUUAACCUUUACCACACCUGUAAUUUACAGGUAGUUCAAUCAGGUCCGCUCAACACCCAGGAGUCUUUAAUAAACUUGAAGUGAAGAGAUCAUGUUGAAACCAAUAUUGAACAAAUGACAAUUUUUUCUCUUAAAGGAUUUUUCCUUAUGAUAUGGUAGACUAAACCUUUAAAGUAGCCGCUGUCAAACUUAGAAUUAGGUCAUGAAAUUUGAUAUGAUUAUGUUUAAUAUCAAUUCAUGUUUAAUAUCAAUUCAUGUUUAGUAUCAAUGU